AUGAACCGGACCGGGGUUCCUCGUUGGCGUCAAGCCCAUAAGCAUCUGGGAACGGCUGACGCACGCUCGGGACCCAUGCCUUAUCUGCGGACAUCUCUGCACCCCAGGAACUCGCGGUACUUUGACAACCUGCUCAGUGACACGCGGUUCGCCGAAGCCCGGUCUAUCGAGGCGGCCUUCCAGAAACUGUCCCUCCAAAAUGUGAAGCCGGCAGAGGCAAGGGCCGCAGACCUCCCCCUGGUAAAAGACUCUCCUUUCGAGGACCUCCUGCGGAUCCUGUACAGAAAGCAGUCCACCGCCAAGGCCCUGACGAUGCACGCUCUCGCAGUCCUGGCCGUGCUCGCCGACCGGUUCGACUGCACAACCACCGUCUCCAAGUAUACCCGUCUAUCCCGAGACGACGGUCCAGUCCUCAGCCGCGCAGCAGAGGAAACCCUCCGCCAAAAGAUCCUCGUCGCCUGGCUGCUCGACCAGCCGCCCAAGCUGCAGGCCGCCACGCGCGAGCUGAUCAUGUACGGCUCGCGGCGCUGGAGCGCCGCCGUUGACGACGAUGAUGACAGCGCCAGUGGCAUGACAGCAGCAUGGUGGGACUUACCCGACGACCUCGAAACCGAACUGCACCACCGCCGCGAAUGCAUCCUGCACACCAUCGCCUCCAUCCAGCGGCGCUUCCUCUCCCUCUACACCUCUCGCACGCGGCAGUGCAAGCUAGGCUACGAUCCCUCCGCCAGCUGCGACUCCUACCAGCUCGGCGAGAUGGUCAAGUUCCUUUCAGGUCGAGGGUUGUUGUUCCUGGGAGAUUUCUCCUCCUCCUCUCAGUCCCAUCCACCAGCAAACCCAGUAUUCCCGACGCAUGACUCUGAGACGACGGACAUAGGGCACAUCAUCGCCACCCUCAAACAGGUCCCCGCCUACCAAAUCGACAAGCACCACACCAACUGCGGCCUGCGCGCUCGCGUGCUGCCUGUGCUCGAGUUCGUGCAGGCCAUGCUGGCGGCGGGGGUGGUGGCCGUGUCGAGGCAGGCGUGGGUUAAAGAUCGGGAGGGGACGUCGUGGGUUUUGCUGCAGCGGCGGCAGCAAGGCGAAGAAGGAAAAGGAGGAGGGGAGGGGGACGGAAGGGUGUUUCGGUUCACGCGGGGCAUGACGACGGAUCAGCGGUUGAGGUAUGAAGGCGCGCUGGCGGUGGAUCGCAUGGUGAGGGCGCUGUUUACGGCGGGGGGUUGGGAUUGGACGGCUGAGGAGAGGGAGGAUGUGAGGUGGGUGGAGUUUGGGAGGUGA